AUGGCGUUCUCAUUUGGAACUCAGGCUACCUCUGGAGCGUCAUCCUCGUCGACACCCGCAACAACCUCGCUGUUUGGCAACCAGUCCUCAACUCCUUCCACUGGCUUCUCCUUUGGGAGCACACAGAAAGACAAUGCUGGAGCCACAGGGCAACCAGCCGCGUCCGGCGCUGGUCUCUUCGGCGGCAACACCGCUUCCAAGCCAGCUGCCUCUCCCUUAUUUGGCGGCGGUAACUCGGCCGCCAACGCGUCUCCUUCCCCUGGCUCGUUGUUUGCUGGUGCCGCGUCGACAGGAACACCCCCGGCGGGCAGUGGAAACUCCCUCUUUUCAGGGCUAAACAAGCCAGCUACCUCCUCGACCAGCUUGUUUGGCGGAGGCUCUAGCACUCCUACCACUGCAGCUGGCGCCGCCUCGACGGCAGCAGCCAGCCCAUUCGGCGCUGGUUCUGGUCUCUUUGGUGGAGGGAAACCCGCAGCCAAUUCAACCCCGUCUACAGGUGCAAGCAAUAGCAACUCGUUAUUCUCAUCUGCUUCAGCCGGGCAGGCAACUCCGACAAAACCACCAAUGUUCGGCGGCUUAGGAUCCACCACUCCAGCUGGGGCACCUCCCACCGACUCGGCCAAGGCAACCCCGAGUCUCUUCGGCCAGCAAUCUGGUGGCCAGGGCUCCCAGGCCAAGGGCCUCUUCGGCGGCGGAGCAUCGGGGACGACAUCACAGACCAGCUCCAACCUCUUUGGCAGUGGACCGGCCUCCGCGCCUGCGUCUCAGCCUGCCGCAAGCAGCUCCGGGGCCCCGGGCCUAUUUGGUGCCAAACCCGCUUCCACCGGACCGACCGACAAGCCCAGCCCUUUCGCCGCACCCUCCACCGGUGGCACCUCGACUCCAUCGCUCUUCGGCGGCGGCGCUCCUGCGUCGAAACCAGCCGAGACCAGCAGCAGUAACCUCUUCGGCACGAAGCCUGCCUCCACGACAGCAGCGCCAGCGAGCACCGCCGCAACAACGACGGCAUCUGCCACACCAUCUCUAUUCCCAAGUCUGGGCGGCUCUUCUACCACUACUUCAUCAGCGCCAACAAAGCCGUCGUUGUUCUCUGCGCCCGCGUCAACCGCCACCACGACCGCCUCCACAACAGCAGCUGCGCCCGCCUCGGCUGCUACCACAACCCCUUCUUUGUUCUCAACGGCCACUACAAGCGCGCCCGCGGCGUCGUCCAGCACGGCAGCACCAGCUACCAGCGCUGGCACUCUCUUUGGUGCAAAGCCUCCUGCCACAGCGGCUACCACGUCUGGAACCACAGCCACGUCGACGACCACCAACGCAUUGGGCACUGGAGCUCCACCAUUAGGUGCAGACAAGGCCGCCGCCCCUACCACGGCUCAGAACAACAUGUCGGCCUCCACCAUUGGUCCUCCCUCGCAGCUGCCCAGGCUGAAGAACAAGACCAUGGACGAAAUCAUCACACGAUGGGCUACCGAUUUGCAGAAGUACCAAAAGGAAUUUAAGGACCAAGCCACCAAGGUGGCGGCCUGGGACCGUCUCCUGGUGGAGAACGGUGAAAAGAUACAGAAGCUCUACUUGCAGACCCACGAUGCGGAGAAGGCAAGCAACGAGAUUGACCGACAGCUGCAGUCUGUUGAGAGCCACCAGGCGGAGCUGGAGUCUUUCCUGGACCGGUAUGAAAAGGAGGUUGACGACAUGUACUCGAAGCAAAUUGGUGGCAACGAGCAACUUGCCGGGCCGGACCAGGAACGCGAGCGGACUUACAAGCUCGCCGAGAACCUGACGGAUCGACUGGACGAGAUGGGCAAGGACCUAGGCAAGAUGAUUACCGAAAUCAACGACGUCUCAGGAUCACUCAGCAAGGGCAACAAGCCCGAUGACCCGCUCAGCCAAAUCGUUCGUGUGCUCAAUGGCCACCUCCAGCAGCUCCAGUGGAUCGACACCAAUGCGUCCGCGCUGCAGGCCAAGGUCAACGCCGCACAGAAGGCCAGCAACAACAUGGGCAGCAAGUUUGGAAACCCCGACAGCGAUGCGGCGGACGGCUUUUACCGAUCCUACAUGGGACGGAGGUGA